UUUCUCUUCUAUCUGAGGGCAACUGUCUGGACUUGUAUUUGUUACUUGUAUGGUUGACUGACUCCUGAGCCGAGUGCAAGGAGCUCCGCGAUUGAGCGCUUAUCUUUCCUAUUCGGUGAGGCGAUGGCAUGGACCAGAAUUAAGGUUAAUCGACGUGAGCCUGGGGAUGAUCGCGCUGAUCUCGCCGGUUGAUCUCGUCUGCUCACGGUCCAUGCAACGUCGAACGGUCUUGCUCCUCUUCCUCCUCCUCUUGCGCUUCUUCCUCUGCCUCCUCUCCUAUCCUCCCCCUUCCCAAGACUUUUAUGUAUUACUUGCUCUUGGUGCACCCUUUUCCUGCCCAGCGCGGUCUCGGUGUGAUUAUUCUCCGGGCUGGGUGGUACGGCUCAUUGGAUCCGGGGGCAAGACAUCGGAAAAACCUCAUCGGGUGACUCUCCGUCCUCGCAGAACACGACCUCAGGAUCUCAGGUCUAGAUUGGCGAUUAGUCCAGAUCGGGGCAGGCGUAUCGGCUAUUGGUUGGUUCGGAAGCCCUCAGCGAGCGAGAACCGCCGUCUCGGGCCUAGUUCGGCAGCCGGCAAGCGCCCAUACCAUUUUUACGUCAAUUUAGCCUUCUCCUCUUUCAUCCCAUUCUUCCUCUCGCAUCUCUCCCUCCCUCCCCUUCCCCCCCCUAUCUGUCCCUUUCACUGUCCCCCUACUCUCCCUCCCUCUACGUGCCUUAAUCUUCUCAUGCGCGUGUGUCCAAUCCUCCUCCUCCCCUCCAAUCUCCAUCCCCAGUUUCUCAACCCGUUGUGUGAUAUAUAUAUAUACCAGUGUAUUUGGCCGCCCCCUCUCAAGCCCUGGCGUUGGUGUUAGGCUGUGCCGUCUCCUCCCUGUCCCUGCGCAGUCUAAGACUCCGCAGCCGAGCGAGCCUCAUAGGGAGAGAGAAGAGUCAGAGGACCCAGUGGUCUGUCUUCUAGCAAGUCGGAGCAGGCCGACGGGCGAGGUGUGGAUCAUAA